AUGUCCUGUAAAAGGAUUUAUAAUUUACUCGUGCGUAAAGAUGAAACUCUAACAAUAAUCGAAAAUACGAAGAAACAUACUGCAAGUUGCUGGAGUCAAUUUGGAUUUCCAGCUAUUGUUGAUAAUAAAGGCGUCGUGGUGACAAAAUUAGACAACUUUGUUUCAUGGGCAAAGUAUGGAAAUAUUCAUGUUGACGAUAUAUUAUUUGGUGCUGAUACUAUUUCAUCUCACGUCGAAAUAUUAGCUAAUCAAUAUCGAUCUGAGAUUCGACAAAAACUAAUUGAACCUUUAUCACAACAUGCUAUAACAAUAUGUCCCGACAUGUGGUGUGAUUCUUAUCUACAAGUUUCAUAUUUGGGUAUUAGUGUGUGUUUUACAGAUGAAAAUUAUCAAUUUUUAACAUAUGAUCUUUGUUGUCAUCCUUAUAGUGAAGAAGAUAAAAGUGCUGAAAACAUUAUUAUUGCAUUAAAAAAAGCACUUGAACCUUUUGGUAUUGCUGAUUUAUCCCAAUUGAACUUUGUUAGUGAUAGAGGCUCUAAUUUUAUAAAAGCACUUAAACCAUAUUCACCUAUAUAUUGUGUAGCUCAUAGGCUAAAUAAUAUUAUCAAGACAUGUUUUUAUCAAACAGGCAAAAUUAAACGAAAAACAGAUGAUGGUAUUCCGAAUGAAGCACUUGAAUUAGUUUAUUCAUCAGAUUCUGAUGAUGAUACUGAUAAUUAUGAAAAUUAUGCUAUUGUAGCAUCUUCAUUCGGUUAUGAUUUAAUUGAUAGUGGAUUGAAUAAAAUAAUUCAGGAUCAAGGUGGUGUUGCUGUAUUGCAAGCAACAACUGUUAGAUGGUUAUCAAUGGUUCAACUUCUUGAAUCGAUUAAUCGUUCGUACAAACAAAUAAAAAAGAUUUUGGCCGAUAGAAAAAAGAUUAUUGUUCUUGAUAAACUUAUAAUUUUACAACUUAUUUUUCUUUUACGGCCAUUCAAACAUAUUAUUUUGAUUAUACAGAAGGGCAAAGAACCUACAUUACAUCUUGUGACAAUAGCUAUUUUAACACUACGUGAUACUUUUAAUACACAUAAAGCUUUAAUAGAAUACAGUCAAAAUUAUCAAAUAAAUCCAUCAACAUCAGAGUUGGAGGAAGAUGAAGAAUAUUUUGAAGAAAAUGAAGGUCUAAACUUGUGA